CAAUCUCCCCCAGAACAAUUAUUUUUGGCUUAUGAGUAUAUUGACAGAGCAAUUAGCGCAAUUAAUCGAGCUCACAUGCUAACAGUUUUACCUGAUGGAGCAUCAGUGCUUGAUAAUUAUUGUAAAAAGAUGACUACAGAAGAGCAGAAUUUUAAUAACAUUUUAUCAUCUGAUAAUGAGAGAUCAGCAAUAGGAAACAAUUUUAUUAUGGAUUUACAUAUUGAACUUAUUCAGGCUCAGCACCGAAUAGCAGUUAAGCUACUUAACACAACACAAGACAUUCAAGGUGAUGACAAAAGUCCUAAGGUCAAGGCUCUUGCAAAGCAUGUAAACCGUUUAAAAUGUCUAACAGAACUAGAGAUAAUGGAGAAAAUAAAAAAGAAUAAGUUAUCCAAAGCACUCUACUUGAUGCAGAAGGCUACCCUGAUGCUUCCAGUGGGAUUAGCUGGUUCUUGCCCAGAUCAGCUCCUGGAGGAAGCAUUUACCCUGAUUCAGAAAACUGAAAUAGAACAAAAUGCAUUAUACUCCACUUUCUCAAAUCACACAACUAACGUGAAAACCAAAGUUCCACCAGCUCCAAUACUACUUUUUAGAACAAAUUGUUCCAUGGCAUUUAAGCCAGCACCAUUUGUUUCAGACGUGAAGGUUUCUUGGUACAGCAUUUUUGGGUGUGUGGCAGAAGGAAGCAAUCCAAAAGCUCGAUUAAAUAAUUAUAGUCUCAAGAACACAGCAGAAGCGAUACCAGCUGAUGCAUCUUGUGUCUUAGAAGUACAAGGAUUAGAGGCCAAUCAAAAUUAUGUAUUUGCAGUUGCAGCCUAUGACUCAGAUGGAAAAAUUAUUGGCGAUAGCAUUGGCGAAACAACUAAGCCUAUUCUUGCAUAUCCUCCUCUAUCUGCUGCUACUGUCCGAACAUACCUGAUUCAGUCUGCUUUUCAGAUUGAAAACUAUGCAUUAUGCAGAAAAACAUUUCAACCACUCUGGGAUUAUUUUGUCUCAGUGCCUUGUACUCCUGUUACUGAUGUCACUAUUGUUUCUAUAAGCAGCACUUUGACUGUACCGCAGAACAGACUAAAUUUUGAAGCUCUGCCUCAAGCAUCUCCAAACCUCUUAUAUAUGUUCCUGAGGAGUAUUUUUAUUAUCAGUGACAUCAGUGUGAAUGAAGGAGGUCUCUUCUGUGAUUCUAUUUGUUUCAAUGAGCUUAAGUAUAAAAAACAAGUUGCUAGAAUAGCCGAAUGUGGGCGAAUGCUGGUGGCAGUUGAACUUAGUAACUGGCUAAAUGAUGUUCAUUAUGCUCUGCAGUCAGUUGUUAAUUGUUAUGGCCUUAUAGCUCCCCUGAUCUAUCACAAGAUUCCUUCCAAACCUAUCAUUCAGAUCAUUAUUAAGUGUCUCACUGUUCUUCAAGAAAUCCCGACUAUUAUAUUGCAGAGAAAAUCAACAGAAUGCUUUGACAGUAUUCAGCACAUGAUAGCUUGUUCUUGCUUUUUCACAGCAAAGAUACUACGCUCAUGGAAAGAAUAUGAAUUAGCAAUAGUUAUUAUUAACUAUGGAAAAAAGUUGUUGGAUUGCUCACAAGCAACAUCCCAAGUGGCUAUAACUGGAGAAGGAGCAGAUGAAGUACUAGAAGAGGUAACUUCUAUUUCUCCUAAAAGGCUGAAAGGACAAAUGGCUGCAGUUGAAAAAGUAAAUGAGAAUUUAGAAGUUCUGGAAAGCAUCCUUCUCAGACUCACAAAGGCAGGACAAGAACUUACUGGAGAAGAAGAUCCUUUAUUCUUGUAUCCUGUAGUUUCAAACUGGCAAUCAAAGAAUGCUUAUAAGGAAGUACUGAAAUUUAAGAAGAACUCCCGUUUCCUUGAAUAUUUUGUCAUGCUUGUGUUCAGAGCACUAAAUGAGGAUAAAUUGUUGCGAAUAGUGAACUGGGCUGAUGAGGUUCAAGAGUAUCUUAAAAAACGGAAUAAAUUUCUUCUUGGUAUCAAACAAAUUUCAAAAAAGGGGAAGAAGGUUCAUGGAUCUGUAGAUGCAAAGAAAACUGCAACACAAGAUGUUUCAAAGGUGACAGAGUCACCAACACCCAAGAAAAAGGGUUCCAAGAAGAAAGGUCUGUCUAAACAUUCAACGAAAUUAUCAGGCUGGGGCACAGGAAUUGGGGCAAAAAGGAAUGAAAAAGAAGAAAUAAGAAAAAUAGCUUUUCAAACCCUGAUAAUUAAGCUAAAUAUAUGUUCUGAUGUCUACAUAAGACGAAGAAGGUUUCGUCGGCUGUAUAAUGAAGAAAUGCCGUGGCGAUCUCAGCUCAACAUUUAUCUGGCAAUUGUUCACUAUACUUGUUUUAAAAAACGGAUACAGGAGCUCUGUAAUACUGAAACUUCUGUACAAAAUCCAGAGAGUUAUAAUGAUCUCAACCCUGAAAUCUUCUCAUUAAGCAAUUCAGGCACAAUCAUAAUAUCAGCUAAAGAGGAAGAAACCAAAGAUUUUAAAUACCAACUUUUUAAAGGAACACCUUCAGGAAAAAUCAGUCGAAAAACCGACACCCCUGACCCUACUUCCCCUGUCUUCGACAAUGGGCUUUCCUUGCCUGCUUCUAGCCCUACAUUACAAAGUAUUUCUUCAGGCACUGUUUCCAGCUCAAGCAUACUUGACCACAAUAAUUGUCUCUCCCCUGAAAUUGAUGACAUGAGUGAAUCCACUGAACAGACCCAACUCUCAACUUCAGGCCAAGAUUCAGAACUCACUGCUGCUUCUGAGCGUAGUGCUAAGUUGAAUGAUAGAGACAUUCCUCGACUGCCUCAGGGUCAUAUUUCUGUUAAAGACCGUGAAAAAGCAAUUUGUUAUUCUGCUGUGCUGGAGCAUUUCACUAAAAUAUUUCUUCAUUUUAGAAGAGCUGUGGUUAUUGCCCAUCGAGGUCGCCACUGGACAUUGCUUCAGAAUGCAUGCCGAGACCUUUGGAACUAUACUCGGGAAAUACAAAUGAUUAUUAAACAUUCAGCAUCUUUUCAUGCACCUUUUCCUUUUAACAAGGAGAUUUUUCUUAAGACCAUUUGGUUAGCAUACUAUAUGGCAUCAGAUACAUUGCUUGAUAUGAUAGUUGAGCUUCAAGAUAGCAAUUAUGUUAAGAUUAUUGAGCCCAAGGGAAAUUUCUGUGUUCCAAGCUGCAUAGGAGGCAUUACUUAUGAUGAAGGUGGUUCUAACCUUUCUUUUGAAUAUCCCCUUGAUGAUGUGAAUAUUAUUGAUUUGCAAGGAAUACGCAGUUUCAUCCUGCAAACUCUUGAGUUUCUGUUUCAGUUGAAGAAGUGGGAAUCAUUAGUAUAUAUAGCUAUGCAAUUUAACACAAUUACACAUGAGAGAUAUACAGAGCAAGUAACUCCUGUGUUGGUGUUUGCCCAGAGACAACUGCAUGAAAAAAAACAACUCCAUGACUCAGAUAAUCCACAGCCUUGUUUAGAAGAACUUAACACUAGUAUUGGAGAUAAGGUAUGCUGCAGAGACUUUGUUGCAAAAAACAUGUAUGCUGUUACAAAAUGGAAAAGAACAACUGAUGAACAUUUUGAUUAUUCAGGUAUCAGUCAAACAAAAUCACUGUUUUCUGUUCCUCUGGAUCUGGUGGAUACACUAAAAUGUUUCAGAGAAAGUCUGGAAAAAUCAAAGCACCACAGUAGAGCCCUUAAAUACAGCAGGAAAUUGCUUUCUUUAUUUCUUGCUCACAUGCAAGAAUCUUCUGGAAGAUUAAAUACAGCAAGAAAUACAAACCAGAGGUCUUCACGUGGAAAAGUGGGAUUUACUGUGGGAGCUGAGUUGACAUAUCAACCAGAACCACCUGAUCUUUCAGAAGAAAAUUUUAGUUGCCUCAGUAUGGUUCAAAGCAACUCCAUUCCCCAGUCAAAACUGCCAAUAGUGAUCUCUUCAUAUGAACGAACACUUGAAACUCUUCGGACAAAUAAUCAGCAUGGUCUUAUGGUCCAGGCUUUUCAUGAACUUGGAAAUCUGCAUUUUUUCACAGGAAACAAAAGACUUGCUUUCAAAUGCUGGGGUCAAGGCCUUGAUGCAGUUCUCAAAAUGGAUGAUGUACUACAUCACUGGCAAGAAUUAGAUGACUCAUCAGAGAAAGCCACUGGUAACUUGUCAAAAACAUCUCAAGUUUACUCUGAGAAGUUUAUUUCUCGGGCUGGAAUUUGGGGUUGCUUACAAGGAGCAAUCUUAGCAGCUAAAAUAGCUCAGCAUUCAUUGCAAAAUAAUGUUAAACUAAGAACAAAAUCCUGCAUUUUGUCUGCUGUCCUCUUCAAGUCUUUGUUUAGAGCUUCACUACCACAUCCUAAAGCUGAUUGUGACUUUGCACAAUAUGAAACAGACAUAUUAAUUCCUGGCGUUGAUUUAUUUGUGGAUUACUAUAGAGCUGAUAUUGCAACAGUUAUAGCAAGUCUCAGUUUUGUUCUGCAUGAAUUGCAUUGCAGAAGGCAAAAUCUAAUAAUUUUGCCAUUGUUCACAUUAUACCAGUACUUUGUUUCUGAAAUUUGUCGGAGUGAAAUUAAAUGCAUUGAAGGAAGGAUUCUCAAGAUUAAAGUACUUACAGAUUUGGGAUUUUUCUCUGAUGCCUUUCGUGAACUUUGUAUUAUUAAUCGUGGAGAGAAAAUUCCCUGGAAAUUGCCUUCCAUAUACAAACAUACUACAAAAAUUGGGACCUCUUCAACUUUUGAUUCAUCACAAAACCUCUUGACAAAUGGAAAUCUACAGGCAUUAGAAGAUGUAUUUAACAGGCCUAUACAUUCAGCAUGGACUGUAGCAUGUGAACCAAGAAUCAUGGAUAACUUUAUGUUAGCUAAAAUGCAUUUUAUAAUUAGCCUAUCUGCAACAUUAUAUUGUGUUCCUGAAAAUGUAAUGAGGACAACAUAUUCUACUGACUCUGAAACAUUAAGGAAGGCAGGAAGAAAUACUGAUGCAUUCAUAAAAGGUUUUAUAUUACCUCCAGCAUUUACAAGUGGAAAACGAGAGACUGUCAUGAUUGUAGAACUUGAAAAGAACAAAGACUCAUUAAAUACUGCUAUUCUAAAGGGAAUUUUAUUGACAGAAGCUGAAGAAAGGAUAAGUUUAAUUCUUGAAACCAUACAAAAUAAGUAUGGUGCACUGAUAUAUAAGUGUUCAGCUGUAGUACUGGAGAUUGUCAUUGAAGCUAAACUUCAGCUUGCAGCUAUUGCUCAACAGAGGCUCCAAACAGCUUUCAGUGCUGCAUUGGUUUUUUCUGCAAUAAAACUUCUUCAAGAUGCAGAUGUGUUCAUAGAUACAUCUAAUUCUCAACAAGAUGCAGAGAAAUCAGAUAAGGGAAAUGAUGGAGGGAUUUAUACUGAGGACUCCAAUCUAAUUCACAAUGUAACAGCACGGGAACAUCUGAAUAUACAUGUAUGGCUAAAGUGUCGUUUGGCAUUAGUGACUGCAAGUAUAGCACAGGCACGAGGCAUUGAAGCGAUGAAAGAAAAUGAAUUAACAGAGUGUUCUCGUCUGAUUAAUGAAGUACAAAUGGAAGCUGAAGCAUUCAAUGAUGUUGAGACUCUUGCUGAAAUUACUAUGCAAGCUGUCAUGCUUGGCCUUCAAGAAAGACUACCAGUGGCUGAUAUUAAGCUUUGCUUACAGAAUGUAAUCAAGUUGCUUGAGGAAAAGACACUGAUUUCUCCGCCAGCUAAUUUAAUAUUAGUACAAAGUAUGCUUCUGCUAGCUGACAUAAUGAGAACAGAAACAGAAGGAAAUUCAGAAUCAUCUAAAACUGACCAGCUGAAUGUAUUAAUUCAGGCACAUGCACUAGUAAUUAAACAGCUAUUUAUUUUGGGGCAAUCACUUGGACAACAUGCACAAGAUUCUACUUUAACAACUCUGAAAGAACCUAUGAUGAACAUAUACCUGCCACAUAUCACACUACUGGCAAAAGUCAAAAUGAGAAUUGGACACACAUUAACUUUAGAAUUAUCAUGUCAAUCCAAACCACAAAGUGAGUUACAGUGGCUACAAGCCUUACAAUACACAGAAACAGCACUAGAUCUCUGUAUAGGAUCAAUAACAGAAGAUUUAGAUCUAGAAGCAGAACUUCUUUUUCGAAAAGGAAGAAUAGAACGACAACUUGAUUCAUUAGGUCUUAAUAAAUCAGAAUUAGCUGUUGACAGUUUGCUGGAUGCCAUAAAUGUAAGCCUGAAGAGUUACCAGCACUACAGAUUAAUAAGAAGAUCAUACAUGGAGAUAGCACUGCUGUACUUCUGUUUAUGUACAAACAAGGAGGAGUCUCCAACUUCAGGUUCUGUGAAAGGAAGAAUAUUUAAGCAAAGGUUUAAUAGUAGAAUUUCAAGUAUUUCUGAGGAAAUUACUGUUCUUGAAAUGUACAGAGUACAAGCCUGGAUUGCUGUAAGAAGUGCUGCACAGGUCAGUGAAGCAAUUCUGACUUCCCAGCAAUUAACUGGAAGAAAGACUGUUAAAUUGUAUCACAUGAGACCAACAGUGCAACAAAUUAUGCCUGAAUUUGCUCUUCUGGAUCUCAGUUCUUCUUAUAAGGAUUUUUUGUCUGAAAAAUAUGAAGUUACCUAUAAAAUUCCCAUGGUGUGUUCUGCACAAGAGACAAAAUCAGAAAGUGAUGGAGAUGAGAAAAUCUCUUCUGAAGAAAGCCAGGGCAAACUGAAGAUACCUUGGCUUCAUGUACUACGUUACCAUACAUACUUAACCAGGUUCUUGAACGUGAGCCCCUUGGCUGCUGUCCCAAAGGCAGGAAAAGGUUUAUUUGUUAAAGAAGACGUGCUGUACACUUCCGUGUUUGACACAACAAUUGCCCUGCGCUUGGCAAAACUCCAUUCUUUUUUAAAAAACCAUUUGCCCAUUUAUUCUGGCUGCUGUCUUCAAGAGCCUCCAAAACAGCUGUAUGGCCUUGAGAAGCCUUUCUUUAGUAUGAGUGCUAUUGGAAAGGCAACUCCAGGAUCAUAUGGAAUUUCUCGAAGAACAUCACCUAUGAAAAUAAUUUCCAAUACCUUUACUUCUAACAUAGACAUGCAUUCAGACAACAAAGCAACCUAUGCUCCCACCAAGGAACUUUGUGUGCAGUGGUACCUUCCCUCUUUGGAAAAAUCAGCAAAUGAAGAAGAGACUAUGGUUUUGUUCAUUUUUGCUUACAAUACAAAAAUUGUCAAAAUUAUGAACAUCAGUUCUUUCAAUUCAGCCAACAUAUACUGUGGUUAUUUGUGGAUCCCAUUGAAUAGAGUUAUUGCUGUACGUGAAAAAUUGUCUGAUUUAAAGCAACAGCUUGAAAUGUUAAUACAGUCACUGGCGACUUCUCAGACUGAACAGACUGAAAUACAGAAAAGUUCACCUUCAGAAGGACUCAGAACUAAUGCAGCAAAAGUGCCAUUGGAUGAAAACACAAAGGAAAUGGUUGAAGUGUGUUUUUCUGAAAUAAAAGCCUUGUUGUCUAUCACCACAGAUCAGUCUGCACCACUUACAGAGAUCCCAUUUGACAUCACUCUACCAUCGAUAAAGAAUUUAAGCAAAUUGUUUGAUCCAACUAAUGGAUGUGUGAUAAUGGCAGGAAGUGUUUUCAACUGGAUAGUAUCUCUGCUCACUUGAGUGGUCUUUGAGGAGUAAAACUGACAUACAUUUAUUGAAGUUUGACAGCUUUUAGGAUCAGCAUCCUGUUACUCUGAAACCGCUGGAACUCUCUAUUACUUGAAACCUAGAAUUGGUCCAUAAAAAUCUUUAAGUUUAUAAAAUAUUUUAGGCAGUACUAAUUUAAG